UGACGCCGCCGUACCGGGCUCGGUACCGGGCCCGCGCCAUGGAGGCCUGGGUGCGCUUCAGCGCCCAGAGCCAGGCCCGGGAGCGCCUCCUCAGGGCCGCCCAGUACGCCUGUGUGUUGGCCGGGGCCGCGCUGAGCCGCUCCGGGGGCAGUUCCGCGACCCUGAGCCGGCUGCAGCAGCUGGAGGCGCACCUGAGCCUGGGCCGCAAGCUGCUGCGUCUGGGGGGCUCUGCCGAGGCCCUGGGGGGCGCCCAGCGCUCGCUGCACCUCCCUGACCCCGUGCUGCGCUUCUGCCUCACCCUGUCCCACCUGAACCGCGCUCUGUUCCUGGCCUGCGACAACGUCCUGUGGGCCGGGAAAAGCGGGGUCCUGCCCGGCCUGGCCAUGGAGAAAUGGAGCCAGAGGUCCUUCAGGUAUUACCUGUUUGCCCUGCUGGUGAACCUGAGCAGGGACGCCUACGAGCUGCGGCUGCUGCUGGAGCGCGCCGGGGCCGCCCGCAAGCGCGGCCGCAGCGCCGAGAGCCGCGCCCAGCCCUGCGCCCCGGGCCGGCUGCAGCAGCUCCGGCUGCAGCUGCAGCUCCAGCUGCACCUCCUGCUGCAGGUGCUCAGGGACAACCCCCCCCUGCUGCUGGACCUGCUCAGGAACGCCUGCGACCUGGUGAUCCCGCUGGAGAGGCUGGGGCUGUGCAGGAGCAGCCCCGCGGUGGUGGGCUUGUGUGGGCUCAGCUCGUCGCUGCUGUCCAUCCUCACCAUCCUGCACCCCUGGCUCAAGCUGAAACCAUAAAUUUCUUGGGGAUUUUGGGGGG